AUGCCUGUCUCUUUGAGUUUGGUGGGGCAGCAUUUCUGGUCAAAAGACCAGUCCAACGCCUUCCUCUUCGAGGAGGACGUGCGGCAGCUGGCCGUCGGCUGGACCCACAAUGCGGCGCUGCUCCGCAACAACGAGAUCCUCAUGUGGGGCCGCAAGUGCUACGGACAGCUGGGCACGGGCUCGAUCAGCGAGCAGCAGGCGGUGCCCCAGCCACUGAGCCUCCGACUGCCCGACGGCCAGACGCCUGCUCGCGUGCACAUGGGGGCAGAGCACGGCCUGCUGCGGACUACAGCCGGCGAGAUCUACACCUGGGGCUGGAACGAGCACGGAAACUGUGGCAACAACAGUACAGAGAAUGUAUGCAGCCCUACACUCGUGGAAAUCCCGGGACGCGUGAAGUUGGCCGGAGGUGGCUCGGGCUUCUGUUACGCCAUUUCCGAGUCGUCUGUUAAUUAAUUUUAUAAUAAAUGUUAAAAAUGCUUAAAAAUACUAAACGGAAUAUCGAAAUUAAGGUAUUUGAUGUCGGAUCAUGAGCAAAAUUGUACGAAUAAUCAAACCCAAGCAGUUGGCGCUCUUUCUUCCAUCGAUAGUUGAAGAAACAUCGAUGUAUCGAUAGUAACAAUGAAGUUUUUCAACCUUCAGCAGCUUUACUUGAACUCCGCGGAAUUUUCGUUGCAAAUACUAUUUGCCAUUUUUACAGUGAAAAUAAAGUGCUUUGUUUUUCAAAAACAUAAUCUUUUCCACAGAAAAAAGAAGAUGUCGGAGAAUAGCUUCAACUCAAAGUAUUUGGACGAUGACGAUGAGGACGAUGCGAUUGCUGCCUCUGAGGGUGUGUACCAAUGAAUCCUCUAAACUAAAUAUAAUCCACGCG